UCACUAAGUAAAACAUCUCCAGCCUUCAUUGAAGUAUCUGGGUUCCUUUUUUGUCUGGUCAUGUCGUGAGUAUUUUUUAGACAAUGGAACUGCAACAGAGAAGUGCUGUGUCAAUGAAUGUGUAUGAUAAUUCAGAUGAACAAGCAAAAACUGAGGACAUAUACCAAUGUCUGCAGACCCCACAUACAGCACCUGCAAGAAAAAGUUCAGGGCAGAAGAUAAAAGUUCUACUUUUCACCAUAAUCAUUGUCUUACUGACCGCCAAUCUUUCAGUCACUGGGAUGAACUACCACCACUCAAAACAAACUGGGGCAGAAAUGAUGAACUACCAAAAGUCUACCAAAGAGAGCUGGUAUCUCCAUGAUGAAACAUUCUAUUUGUUCUGGAGUAACCAGGGACAGUGUGAGAUAGCUAAACGUUUUUGUGCAGAAAGGACGGCCAAUCUCGCAACUGUUACAACAUUCAACAAGGACUGGCUGCUGUUACAGAUCAAUGGAAAGCGCAUGCUAGUGAAAAAGGACCAGCCCAAAAGAAUAUCAGAAGAUAGCUCUGGAGAUGGUUUUUUAAUCCAUGAGGAUUUUCAUAUCGAUGGUGUCGAUGAUGAUGAUGAUGAUAAUGAUGAUGCAUAUGACUGUGACUUCUUUGGUGAGACCCCUGACACCAAGAUGGGUGAAGGAUGGGUGUGUGAAAAAGCAGCACAAAAACAUACCUAAGUAAUAUUGUAUUUUAUAUUUUAUAACAUACCUAAAUGUUAAAUGACAUACCUAAGUAAUACUGUGUUAUAUAUAUAUGUGUGUGUGUGUGUGUGUGUGUGUGUGUGUGUGUGUGUGUGUGUGUGUGUGUGUGUGUGUGUGUACUGAAGAAAAUAGGUGUCUUCAGCAUUUUGCUUAAACAUUGGAGCCUGUGAAAGUUUAUUUACACGUGUCUUCCAUAUAUGUUUGGCGCAUACAUUUAUUAAAUACAAUUAUUAGUCAUAACUGUUUGUGUUUUUGGUUGUAAUAACUCAUAUAAAGAUUAUAGUGUGAUCAUCACAAUAUUGCCUCGUCAUGUUUCUCUAUAACAUUUAUCGGACUGCCACUGAUGCACUGUUAUACAGCAUUGCACAAAGGCUUAUUAUACAAUUCAUGACCAUAAACAACAGGGAAAAGUAGUAAUUUUUAAGGAUUACAUGAUCCAUCACAUUAAAUUAUGGUUCCAUAACCUCAAAAGACUGUAGAAGACUGUAGAAAGAUCAUUACUCAUAAUCUUAUGUUCCAGUGCUCAUGUUAGUUCUCAUUCUCCAGUGUUCUGUAUUGUUUGAAGACUAU